CGGCUCCGCCGUAGCUUGCUAGAGUCAUGGACGCCUGGGAUCCCGACCCCAGCCAAGGACCCUUCCGCCCGGGAGAACCCAGGGAUCCAGCCUCUAUUGGGCACAGCUCCUCAAGAGCCGGUGCCUGGCCCCCUGAGGGUAGUGUUGGGGACUCUGGAGUAUCGAGGGAUAUGUCAGAGGCUUUCACUGUUGCCCAGGUACAGAUCCGAAAGCAGAAUGCUAUCACAGAGAGAGAAAGAAGGAAACGAAUCUCUGUAAGCUGUGAACGCCUUCGGAUCCUGCUGCCCAAAUUUGAAGGUCGUCGAGAGGACAUGGCCUCCAUCCUGGAGAUGGCUGUGCAAUAUCUAAAGCUUGCUCGAACCCUUGUGCCCACAGAAGAACAGAGCACUAUUCUUGCUCCCUCAGAGGAGGUAUGUCAGAAGUGGCAGAAGAAUGUGUUGAUUCCAAAUACCAGAAAGCAGAUUUCAGAGAUGAGAGCCUUUGAUACAGCUAGACAAAGGAGAUCCCCAGGCUGCCCGGCCACUCCUGUGGAAAAUAGCAAACCAGCACCGAUGUUGGAAGAGCCUGUGGAUAAUACUGUGGAAGAUACAUGUUCUGUCUUUGAAAAAGGUCUUUCAGAUCCAGCCCAACUGCCUCCAGAUCCGAGCCUCUCUGACACUCCUGCACGUUCCUGUGGAAGGACCCCUUCUCUGCCUUGGCCUUCCCUCUUGCCACCAACCUUGCCUCUAGAGACCUCAGGAGUGGGGAAAUGGCCAAGUGUGGUAGGAAUCUGUCCUGGGGAAGCCAUGUCUCAAGCACAGCUACUGAGGAAUACACAUGAGCCGUCUGAUGUCCUGAUGAUACCCCCUUUGGAUACCAGGUCGGUGUCAGAAUCUGAAGUAGAAGAUGAAAUGCCUUUCCUGCUGGGUGCUCACACUGACCAAUGGCUUGGAGAGCAAGGGUCCCAGGAUGUCAAAGGCAGUGAAACCCAAACCUGUUCUAUGACAAUCCCACUCAUGGUGGAUGCCAAGACUAGUUCCCAAGAUGGGCUUCUCUCCAAAUCAGACCUGGAGUUCCUUCCUGAACCCGAGUUCUGCCUCCCAGAGACUCAGAGGAUCCUCCUGGACCAUUUGGAAUUUGAUUCAACCUCUGUGGCCCUAACUCCUCAGGAAGAAGUGGACAGUAUAUUUCCUUAUCUCUUUCCCUAGGAGUAAUGAGCUAUGUAAUUCCUAAGCGUUGAAGGAAUCACUGCUA